AUGGCGACCUGGUCAUCUGCGCCGUGUGUCAUGACCUGGAACCAAUUUCCUGCAACAAGGCCAAAGGAAAAGCAGAAUGUGACAGAAAUAUCUCCACGUAUAUUAGCUUCCACAGGUGAGAUUCCACAUCACUUUUCGCUGCUCAUCGCUAGCACUACAAUCAGCAUUAUCAGCAUGUAUGCCUGUGGUACACUGACAGAGUCGCAGCUUCCUCAUUGCCUUUGCCCUUAUCACCGCCGCCCGACGCUCGCCGCCCACUUUGCACACGUGUCAACGCCCGUCCUACCUCAGCACCACUACAACGCCAUCGCACCGCCCAUGCUCUCUCCUCCCCCGAGAAACCCGUCACGCCCCCGAAGGAACCGCACACAUCCUCCUGCUGGAACACUGCCGCCUACUACUCCGCCCUCACAUGCUGCUUCCACCUACCACUUCCACCCUCACCAGUACGCCAGCCUUGCACUGGGUGGCGUGGCACACGUGAGUCCAGCUGUUCCUCAGUCCGUUCCCAGCGCCGUCACUCACGAUGCCAUUCCUCACCAACAAAGCAACAUCGCCGCUCUCCUCACCGCUCACUCGUCGCUCACUGUUCGGCGUUGUCGACGAUGCCGCUGUCCUAACUGCCAGGACACUUCGCGAGACGCUUCAGCUGCCAAGAAGAGGGAACACGUGUGCCAUGUUCCAGGAUGUGGCAAGCUCUACGCCAAGACUUCUCACCUCAAGGCACAUCUGCUCUCGCACAGCGGAGAACGCCCCUUCGUGUGCCACUGGAUCUUCUGCAACAAGGCCUUCACUCGAUCCGACGAACUUCAGCGCCAUCUAAGAACGCACACCGGUGAAAAACGUUUCCAGUGUGAAGAGUGCGGAAAACGUUUCAUGCGUUCUGAUCAUCUGAACAAGCACGUCAAGACGCACCAGAACCGACGCGCCCGUCUUGCUUCUGCUUCUGCCGAAGGUGACGACGUUGACGUGGAACUGUGUGACGAUGAGGAGUUUCUCUCCGUUACUCUGCCAGACUCUCCCGUGUCUGAAACGGAUUUUCAAGAGCCUAAUGAUGUAAUUGGAAAUGACCAGAUACAAAGCAUCAGCCAGCUUCAAUGA